UCUCGACACGGCUCCCCUUAUCCACAAUAAAUAAUUCAGCAGUUUAUGUGACCGAUGCAGCUGUAAUCCGGACAAUCUGUAAUUUGGCCUCUUUGGAACUGUAGCCCUGAGUCCUUGUUAGACAGGGCGGAGUGAGCGUGCAUGCAAUUUAGCUAUCAAGUUAGGUUUAACCGUUAUGUAGGAAGUUGGUGAAUGGAAACUACGCCACAGCUUCGUUCAAAGAAAUACUAAGGAGUAGCUACCUGGACGCUAAUGAUUACCUUACUAAUAAAUAUACAAAUGGAAAAAAUCAGGGUGCGAUUUUUAACCAUCGCGUCUGCAGAUAGCUUGAUGGUAGUUAAUCUAGCCGUGCGGCCAUCUAAUUUAUUCAGCUAGCCAGCUAGUGCCAAAUCAACGUUCGCUAUUUAACCAGCUAACCAGGGCCCUUGAGCGUGUUUCGGCAGUUUCCUUGUUAUCCAAAACAAUCACAGUGCGGACAAACUCACCGAUCUCUCUCCUCCUUUGAGUUUUCUCUGCACCGCCGUCUAAAAUAUUUAUAAGGCAGAGAUGCUUCCAGCACCUGGUGUUUUUCACUUUCCCUGGGAAAUCAGUUCCGGUGCCAUCCAGGAAGGAACAACAGUGAGAACAUUUGGCAGACUGAGGCAUUACCAGCCGGCCAAUUCACGGGCUACCCUGUCUUCUCAUUAUGCAGCGACCCAGCACCAAGUUGUCAUUCACACGGGCUUUGUGGAGCCUUUUCACCCCAUACUUGAGGCCCAGUACAUUGUUCUAGGGGAGCUGGAGAUCACUGAGGGGGAUGGUCUGAUGGUACGGGCUCGCGUGCUGAAUUGUGUGGAUGGAGUGGACCUUGCCAUACUACAGAGUGCCAUAAAUGAACAGAGAAGGUAUUUCCAUGAUAGAGGUGGAAAAUGACAUUCAGCAACCCCCACCCUGAUAUAUUAGUGUGGAUUGUUUGUGGCCACUAUGGUGAUCAUAUAUUCAACAUUUUUAUAGCAAGACUGUAUGGAAAACUUGGAUAAUGAUGUAUUAAAAGUGCUUUUUAUACCAUUUUGUGUAUUAAAAUAUUUUUUAAAGGUCAGACCUAAUGUGCUUUCAUAACAUUUUGUGUAUUCAAAUAUUUUUUAAAGGUCAGACCUAAUGUGCUUUCAUAACAUUUUGUGUAUUCAAAUAUUUUUUAAAGGUCAGAUCUAAUGUAUGCACGCAAGUACCAGCCUAUAGCCACAACUUGAGUUUUGGGACAGUCGUAUCGAAUUUUUUU